CAAACCAAACAAGUAAUUUUAAAAAGCUGGGGUUUGAGUCUGAUGGCCAACACUUGGUUUCAGGCCACCACAGUGGAAAUCUGAGCUGAGUGAGGUGGAGGCCCACAAUGCUGAUGUGCUGUGCCUGGAAUACUGAGACGGGAGUGACUUUGCUGGCUUCAGCCGGCCGGGACUGGCUCAUCCAUGCGUUAAAUGUGGAGAAGAACUACAACCUGGAGCAGACCCUGGAUGACCACACCUUGUCCAUCACAGCCAUUAAGUUUGCUGGCACCAGGGAUGUCCAGAUGAUCAGCUGUGGGGCCAACAAGAGCAUCUAUCUACUUUUGAAGUGCCCAGCAGACCUCGGAUGGGUUGCACUUUGUAUCUGCUGUGUAACAGAGAAGACCAUCUUGUAUGGCAUGGAUGUCGACAUCACACAGAAGUAUGUGGCUAUGCCUGCCAGGACCGCAAUGUGAGGGUCUACAACACAGUGUGUGGGAAACAGAAGUGCUACAAGGGUUCCCAGGGAGAUGAGGGGUUCCUAUUGAAGGUCCCUGUAGACACCUCAGGCACCUACCUGGACACAAACGCUCUGACAAAAGCAUCUGGGUGACUGACUUUUACUCGGUGAGUGUUUUGCCAAGAAAAUGUCACUGGCAUGAAGUUCACCUAUGACUGCCGUCACUUGAUCA